UGAAUCACAUGUAGCGCAUUUGUAUAUAAUAAACAUGGAAAAUAACCUUUCGACAAGGAAUCAAUAGUUUACGGCAAAUUUUCUGUUUUUUAUAAUAAAUGUGGUAUGUUUCACUCAUAGCAACAAGAAAAAAAUAAGGUUUUGAUAGGAUAGGAGAUAAAACAAAAUAAUUUGAUAAAUCUUUGAUGUUUGUGUUGUUGUUUUUUCUCAGUAUCUGAUCCAGACAAUGACAUGGUAAAGUGUCGAUUUGCCAAAGGUGGACAAGAAUGUGGAGCUAUAUGUGAUGGCCUACCUGGAGCAACAAUUGACGAGGAUAAAUGUACCUUAACGUACAACGCUAACCAGCAGAAAGGAUUAUUUCCCAUUUCAAUCCAAAUCGAAGAUUAUGCAUCAAAAACAUCAACUAUACCUUUAAGUAGUGUUGCUUUGCAAUUUUUAAUAAAUGUUUAUCAAAGCACUGGAAAAUGCUCCGACAAGCCAUAUUUUUCAUCAACAUCACCGCUUGAUGCGUCGUGUGAAAAUAUACCAGUAAAUGGGACAUACAUUACUCGCAUUAUCGCUACAUCUGGCUCUCCUAAUGACCACAUUACUGAAUUUACCACAAGUUCCCCUUCUGGAAUGAUCAAAUCAGAUGUGCAGAAAGUGAUCAAUACAACAGGGCUACCGACACUUGCUAAGGGGGUAACGUGGUAUUAUAUUAACGUCACUUGGACAGCAAGGCAAAAUCAGAAAGGAGCAAAUAUCUUUUGCUUCACAGCUGUUGCGCAAUCAAAACGUAAUUCAGAACGGCGAUGCAUAACGUUGUAUGUUGGAGCUUCUACGCCAAAGAUUGACAAGUUAUCCCUUCAACCGAAACCAAAUGAAAUCGUGCGAUCAACAAUUAAAAUAUUUACAUUUCGGUAUGAUCAAGAUAUUAUCAAAACAACAUCCAAUGCUUUGAUCAAAAUAUUACGCGAUGAUGGCAAAGUAACCUAUAAUUUCACAAUCGACAGCAACAACAUUAAAAUUCUACAAAAUAGAAUAAUUGAGAUCUAUACACCAGGACUCAAAUUUGAAGAAGCAAGAAGAUACACAAUUGUAGCUGAUGCUGGCUUCGUGAAAGGUAAACACGAAUGUGGAAAAGAAGCAGACGUUGUCACGUCGAAUUUUGGAUGGAGUUUUGUUGUCAGCGACAACUUUCCAAGACUUUUAAAUUCUCCUGCUGUCAAUGUCAAUGUAGUCAAUGGUAAAAUGCAGUUUCGAUGUGGUUUCCAAGCUAGCAAUGGUAAUCCUAGAGCAGUUUAUGAAGUGGAAUGGUUUAAUGGCGAUUCUGAUAAUCCAAUAAAAAAAGACAUCAUAACAAACAACAAUACUUCUAACCUUGUGUAUCACUCACAAUUUUGUUUGGGUACUGAGUUACAUUGUAAGGUACGUUCGUGGUUUAGCAAUAGCACGAACAUCAAGAGCAAUCUACACGAAAGUGAAAAGUUUUUUAUUGGUGUUAAGAGUGAUCCCGAAGUCAUCACAUUAGUUGAAGGGCAGGAUCCAGUUCAGGUAACUUUAUCUCCCACCAUACCAAUUAUUUGUGUGAAUAACACAGACCUAUGUGAAGUGGAGGUGGCAAUUGCUCAACAGAAUUUAGAAGUCAUGCUCAGUAGAUGCAGCGUAAAAUUUGGGCCUAAACAUCCAUCACGUCAGACAAUUACGAUUUAUCCAAAAGAGGAUUUUAUUGUCGAUGGAAGAAAAAGCGUGACGUUGAGGAGAAUUCUACAUGGUACACGGGGUGUGUCAAAUUGGUUAUGUUAUGAAGACACCAAAGCCAUACAAUUAACAGUAGACGAUCGACCAACACUACAAUGUUCUUCAACAGGUGAUCCUCAUAUUUACACUUUUGAUAAUGAUCGGAGAUAUUUUGAUCUCCACUAUCCUGGAGAUUUUGUGAUGGUACAAAGCGUCAAGAACAACUUUAAGGUUCAUGCCAGAACAUUCAUGUGCAGGAAAAGUAUUGCAUGUAAUUGUGCGAUCGCUGCUCAAGAAAAUGACGAUGUUGUAUCCAUUGACGUUUGCAAAGGUGGACCUAAAUUUCGAUUUCCAAUGUCACAAAAUCAGCAUAGCGGAACUAAACUCAACAAAAUAAGCAAUUCACAGUAUGAGGUAAUCAUGAAGAUUUAAAAGCACUAUUUGUUAUUCUGGUUGAAUUAAUGUGUAAAUUAUUUGAAAUUUUGGUAACCUAAGGAGCCGAAAGAAACAAAAAAAAACCCAGGUUACUUCAAUAUCGUCUAACCACUAGAAACAAGCUCUUUGCAUCUGAAGAAAACAUUGUCGAAUAAUUUAUAGUUUUGAACCCUCUGAACCAUUGUGUCGCAUGUUGCGUCUCGUCACAGACAUUUUAAUUAUGGAUAAAUUUAUUGUGGGCACGACAAAGAUACUUAUAGUUGGUUGGACGGUUUUCAGCAUUUUUAACGGGAUUUUUUGCUAGUGCAAACAGUCACAAAUUUCUUUGUUAGCACGCGAUAUUUAGGGACUGCCCUUUUGUGCCUCAUCUAUAUUAUAAAGUCGCUGUCGACUGUGGGCCAAUUAACCAACUGGGGGUUUUGUAAUCAACAAGCCUCAUUAUAAUCGCACCUAUAAUUAUAGCAAUAACCCCCGUCCAAGUAAAUUGCGUGACUUCAUGUGAAUAGGCGAUGCGAGAAAUAUGUGCGAACUUUCUACAAGCUAAUGGCUAGUUUUUAUUUGUUUUCUUUUGCAGAUAAAC